CAAGCCAGUAAACAGUGUAGCAGGGACCUUGCCUUGGCCGAACUUUUCCCCCAGAUGGCAUAGUACAGGGGGCGGUACUCUGCAGCUAUUCUGCCCACUCCUAUCGUCACAGCAGCCUUAAACACUGUUGUGUGCCUUUUUAGCCCGCCGACACAGGCUGGACCACCGACCCUUGGAGCCCACGCUGCCCAUGACUGACCUUCACGCGAUAUACUGCAGUUAUUAACACCAUAAAAGAUGGCUACGGAAAAUUAUGAGAUGGCCGGUGAUGCUGAGCCUAACGGGGAGGCUGAGGCGCCGUUGCGAGGCAAUGGGAGGAGGCCUCAGAGACCUCUGAACAUGAACCAUUAUGCCAACAAGAAGAGCGCAGCAGAGAGCAUGCUGGAUGUGGCUCUACUGAUGGCUAAUGCUUCACAGUUGAAAGCGGUGCUGGGGCAAGGACCAAGCUUCUCUUUCUACGUGCCCCUCAUCACUCUAAUUAGCAUCUCCCUCAUCCUGCAAAUCAUAGUGGGAGUUAUGCUCAUUUUUAUAGUUAAGUGGAACCUGAAUGAUGAAAGCACGCACUAUAAGCUGAACAUCUUGGAGAACACCGCCACUGCCUUUGUCUUUGUCAUAGUCGUGGUCAACGUCUUCAUCACAGCCUUCGGUGUCCAGCAGCCUCCCCAAAGUGCUUGAACCAAACCCUUCUUCAUGAUGCCUGAUGAUCACCUCAGUCAGAAUGGACCGCUGUGUGACUUUUUGCACACAUGGACAAGACAUUCAUUCACUAAAGGCUCUUGAAAAAUAUGCAGGUGCAUUUGUUCUGUAAUUCGACCUACCAGGCUGGAGGAGACCAGACACUCCCUAAGAAUCAAAUGACAUUGUCUGCUCUGUAAGAGUUGAAUGGAUGAGCCUAAUGUUGUCUUUUCAUGUAUGUGUGUUAGAGGUUUUCUUUCUCCAACUAUGCCUUUGAACAACUUAUUAAUGUUCAGUUUUUAUUUCAUUCGGCAAUUACCUCCUAUCAUGCUCAGGUUACUGAUGCAAAUAACUUAACAUAUCAGGAGAAAUACUGUGUCAGUCACCCCAAAAAAUCUGUAUCUCAGCUUAAGCCAAAUGUAUUCUUACAUAUUGUUUAGAAAAAAGUAAGCAAUGACCCAGCUUUACCCCAAAACUGAAUUUUUCCCUACUCAGUGAGGUUUGCAGAGGCUUUCCUCUCUUUGCAUGUCAUCAUCAUACUGAUUUACAAUGAGUGUCACAAUCAUGGGUGUAUGAGGAACCAUCUUUGCCUCCUGCUGCACGAGAUAUUACAUAGACAUAAUAGCUUUAUCAUUGCAUCAAUAUACAGUUUACAAUCUUUUAAACCUCACUCGAUUGAUGGAAUGGACCUAAAGAUUCAAUUUCAAGUGCUAUGUAAAGUCUAGUAUGUGUAUAAGUUGAUUUGUAUGUAAUGCCUUUAAGUGUCUGUUCAAUGAAGUAUGUAUAGUAUAGUGUUCUGUUGUUAUUUUUAUGCUUUUUUUAUGGCAGUUUUUCAAGGACAGAAACGUCUUCCACUAUAUACACACUGUGACUAUCUUUUAUAAUAAAACCACA